UAUUUUUUUUUGCGACGCACUGGAUUUAAUUUGGCGCAGGCGCGUUGGGCGAGUGUAUAGAAGUCUUAAGUGUUACAGGUUUGCCCCGCCUCAUAUACUCUAACGCAGAUCAAAAGCAUAGCAUCAAUAUACUAUGAAUACACUAUAAAUAAAUUAAAUCCAGCUAUGUUUUGCAUGGUUAAGGUUACCCAUUAAGAGAUUGUGACAGAAUGAUCAAUUCCAUUGCAUGAAGCCAGAUUAAUAAAUAAUAUGAAUUUGAUGGGAUUCUAGAAUGAAUUUCAACUUUGUGGUUUGAAGCUACAGUAUUAUUUAUUAUUCGUUGUUAUUUAUUUCACUAUUUUGACAGUUUGCAAAAAGCAGGUCUGACCGGUCCAAGAAGAUGUUGUUGGAGACCUAAAAGCACACAAUAAAGUGCAGGACAGGGCAAUAACUGGAAAAAUAAAACAUACUAAUAAAACUCUUGUUAGUGUUUAAUUUGUAUUCAUAUCGCAAUGUGUAUUUUAAAGCUUAGAGUUUAUUGAGGUCAUUGAUUGUCUGGUUGUUAAUUCUGAUGUAAGCAUUAAUAUGCACAGCUUGCAGCACGGUUAACCCGCCAUUAAGAGAUACAGUACAUCCUCACUGUCCAAUAACAGGGGGAGACUAUCUGAAAAUAGGCUGAGUUAUAAGUAGUGAAUCUGUUUGUGAAUAGAGAAGAGAAAAAGAAACAGUGUCUACAGCCCUGGGGUGUUCCUGUUAUGAGUAGAAGGGCGUGAGAUCUUGUACUACUCGCAGUAGAAAGAAUUAGCUGUCGGCAUCAGAGACUCAUCAAGAACUAUGCCUGGGAGUGCACAGUAUGUGUCUUUGUUAUGCUUUCUUUCCAUCUGCUCAGCCUGUUACAUCUCUAACUGCCCAAUAGGUGGCAAAAGAUCUCUAAUAGAUGCACCAUCACAUAAGUGCAUGGCUUGUGGUCCCAGGGACAGUGGCCGCUGCUUUGGUCCUAAUAUUUGCUGUGCAGCUGGUUUAGGCUGCUCUGUGGGCUCUCCUGAAGCACUGAGCUGCACUGAGGAGGACUACAUUCCCAUUCCAUGUGAGAAUGGAGGACGAGCAUGUGGAUCUGAGAGGGGACGCUGUGCUGCUCCAGGUGUCUGCUGUAACUCAGAGGGCUGUAGCAUUAAUCUGUCAUGUCUGACUGAUGAUGAAACUGAUCUAGAAAGCAGUAAUGGCCCUGGUGGAGAUCUCUUCAUGAAGCUACUACAUCUCACCAGGCAGCAUUUGGCCAACAGAAUUCGCCAGUGAGCCUCUGGGAAUGCAGCACUGAUUUAUUUAAUUUUUUUGUUACUGGAGUUCUUACAUAUUAUAAUACAUUUCUAUUUCAAAUGGCUCUGGUUCCACUAUAAAUAUGGUAUAAUUUACAGACUAACAUGUAGUGGCUAUGAUAGAUACUGAAUAAAAAUAUCGUGAUGAUAAAUGUAAAGAAAAUAUGUUUUGUGUUACUUGUAACUGGAUUUCUAAGAGGUUGAGUCAUUUUGAUUUGAUGACUAUAAAAUCAAGUGUGUUGUAAAAGUACAACUCAAUUGAUGAGGUCAGUUCUUGCGUUAUCUUCCUUAACACUUUUAUCUUGGUUAAAUACAUGGGGUGAAACAGUCGAGUUAAAAAGGUUAA